AUGUUAUGGAACAUGCUUAGUUUUGAUGAGGAAAAUGAUGAUCAAGAUGGAGAUGCUAAUGAUCAAGAUGACAGCGCUAAUAAUGAGCAAAAUACUGAUGAACAAGAUGGAGGCGGUGAUCAAGAUGAAGGCACUAAUAAUGAGCAAAAUACUCAUGAACAAGAUGGAGGCGGUAACCAACAGGUUCCUAUUGACCAAGAAGUGGGCACUAAUGAGCAAAAUACUGAUGAAAAAGAUGAAGGCACUAAUAAUGAGCAAAAUACUCAUGAACAAGAUGGAUGCGGUGAUCAACAGGUUCCUAUUGACCAAGAAUUGGGCACUAAUGAGCAAAAUACUGAUGAUCAAGAUGGAGGCGGUGAUCAAGAUGAAGGCACUAAUAAUGAGCAAAAUACUGAUGAUCAAGAUGAAGGCACUAAUGAGCAAAAUGUUAACCAAGAUAGAGGCAGUAAUCAACAAGUUCUUAUUGACCAAGAAGUGGGCACUAAUGAGCAAAAUGUUAAUCAACAAGUUCCUAUGAAUCAACAGGUUCUUAAUGAACCAGAACAUUUUGAUGCUAUUGAAGAAGAUGGAGAUUUGAUAUUCAGAAUGCCUUCUUCUGAUUACUUCCAUGGCACAUGCGGAACUCGAGUUGUAUUCCUCAAAGAUUACGUUGGAACUGAUGAUGAGCUAACCUGCGUGCUACAAGGGAUCUUUACUGAUAUGGAGAAGCUUACUUACACUAAUGGUCAAAUCUUAGAUCCUUAUGAGGAAAAUGUUGAUCAAGCUGGAGGCCCUAAUGAGGAAAAUAAUGAUAAUCAAGAUGGAGGUGCUGCUAAUGAGGAAAAUAAUGAUAAUCAAGAUGGAGGUGCUGCUAAUGAGGAAAAUAAUGAUAAUCAAGAUGGAGGUGCUGCUAAUGAGGAAAAUAAUGAUAAUCGAGAUGGAGGUGCUGCUAAUGAGGAAAAUGCUGAUAAUCAACUCUUAGUUCCUAAUGGACUGCCUAAUGGGCAUAUUGUACUUCGAAAAGCAACUGAGAGUGAACAUUUUACAUACAUAUUAGAGCUCGGGUACUUCCGUUCUUUGCUCUUUUUGUUAUGCAAAACUGAAAUACAACUGUAUUUCCUAGAAAGAAAAAGAAGCAAGAAACGCAACGAUUUGAUAUUCAGAAUGCGUUCUUCUGAUUACUUCCAUUGCAGAUGCGGAACUCGAGUUGCAUUCGUCAAAGAUUACGUUGAAAUUGAUGAGGAGCUAACCUUCGUGCUACAAGGGAUCUUUACUGAUAUGUUUAAUGUUGAAGUACCAGAGAAUGAGUCAUAUCAUCAACUACUAGAUGGCAAAACCGUAGUCGAUACUUUCUGUGUCAACUGUAUGGACCGGCUCGGGUGGAAAUUUAUUGCAGUCCCCCAAGGCAGUCCUUAUGAAGAAGGACAAUUCUUGAUGAUGUUGGAUAAGCUUAAUUACACUAAUGGUCAACUCUCAGAUCCUUAUGAUUUAAGAGUUGAUCAAGCUGAGGAAAAUGUUGAUCAAGCUGGAGGCGCUAAUGAGGAAAAUAAUGAUAAUCAAGAUGGAGGCGCUAAUGAGGAAAAUGCUGAUAAUCAAGAUGGAGGCGCUAAUAAUGAGGAAAAUGUUGAUAAUCAAGAUGGAGGGGAUGGAGGCACUAAUGAGCAAAAUGUUGAUCAACAUGGAGUUGGUAAUGAACAGAAUCAUGAUCAAGAUGAAGACCUUAAUGAGAAAACUGUUGAUCAAGUUGUAGGAGCUAAUGAGCAAAAUGUUGAUCAACAUGGAGGCGGUAAUGAACAGAAUCAAGUUGAAGACCCUAAUGAGCAAACUGUUGAUCAAGUUGUAGGAGCUAAUGAGCAAAAUGCUGAUCAACAUGGAGGUGGUAAUGAACAGAAUCAAGUUGAAGACCCUAAUAAGCAAACUGUUGAUCAAGUUGUAGGAGCUAAUGAGCAAAAUGCUGUUCAACAUGGAGGCGGUAAUGAACAGAAUCAUGAACAAGAUGGUGGCCCGCCAAUGAAACGAAUGAAGACAUAG